AGUUUUUGGUGAACUGUCCCUUUAAACGGGGCAGCUGAAGUGGGAAGUAAAACUCAGGUUUCUUGUUUGACAGCAGUGAUCACCGCUUUCAGCUCGUGUCCGCUGUUAUAUCGAUAAACAGUGUGCAGCGAUGGUUCAAUAAACCGCUGAUCGAUCGUUUUAAUGUGGUGAAGGGAGAGAGCUGUAGAUUAGGCUAACGAUGCUAAGCUAGCACCAGUUAUCUGAUGCGUCCCUGCGUUGAAUGAAUGUGUGACUCUUCAGCUUUCCCAGGAUUAAAUAGGCGCACUUUCAACUGAAACAGGAUUUGUUUUUUUUUACUUCAGACCUGCAUUUAAACAUUUAAGCAUGGAGACGUUUGAAAGCGAAAGAGCUCCACUGCCCAGGAACAUGAUUGAGAACAGCAUGUUUGAGGAAGAGCCAGAUGUGGUGGAUCUGGCGAAGGAGUCCCCUUCCUACCCCAUCGACUCAGACGAUGCGGUCUAUGAACCCCGCAGCUCGCGACUGUUAGUCCGAGGCCUUGGAGAAAACGACCUGGAUGAAGAUGAGGAAGAUUACGAAUCAUCUGCCCGUCUUCUUGGAAUGUCCUUCAUGAAUCGCAGUUCCAACCAGCGCAACGUUGCCUCAUCCUACACCCGCCAGCAGUAUUCUGAAUCGUGCUUGAAGCCUUCGACUAAGACAACAGUGGUAGGUGUUCUCAUCCUGGUGCUGGUGGCCUCCAUGAUUAUGGUCAUCUACUUCCUGCCAGGCUGCACUUUCACCAGGAAAGGCUGCAAGAAGUCCAAUUCGACCAUGGACAGCAUCUAUCCCAUUUCCACAAGUGGUGAACCUUUCCCAUGGACCGAGUUGAGGUUACCGCCCAGUGUGUAUCCUGUGCAUUACAAUAUAUCACUCCAUCCCAACCUGACCCUCAUGACCUUCCAAGGCAGUGUAUCCAUCUUGGUGCAAGUCUUGAAUGAAACAAAGAAUAUUGUCCUUCACAGUUCUGAUAUGAACAUAAGCAAGGUCACUUUUGAAGGUAAAGAGGUCCACGUCCUGGAGUACAAACCUUGGCAGCAAAUCGCCAUCAAAUUUCCAGAAGAUCUUAAGAAGGGACAGUAUGUUUUGAACAUUAACUACACGGCACAGCUCUCCAACAGCUAUGAUGGCUUCUACAACAGCUCAUAUGUCGACACAAAUGGUACAAAAAGAGUUUUGGCUGCUACUCAGUUUGAGCCUUUGGCUGCUCGCAAGGCUUUCCCUUGUUUUGACGAGCCAGCUUUUAAAUCAAAUUUUACAAUUAAGCUGACCAGAGAACGCAAGUACAUCAGCCUUUCAAACAUGCCCAAGGUCAAAACUACAGAUUUAAAAAAUGGGCUUCAAGAAGAUGAGUUUGGGAAAAGUGUUAAAAUGAGCACUUACCUAGUUGCAUUUAUUGUGGCUGAAUUCAUCGGUGUCAGUAAUAAUGUCUCUAAAACUAAGGUGUCUGUGUAUGCCGUUCCAGACAAAAAGGAUCAAGUGCAGUAUGCUCUGGACACAGCUUGUAAACUGUUGGAGUUCUACAAUACAUUCUUUGAGUACGAUUACCCUUUAAGCAAGCUGGAUCUAGUGGCCAUUCCUGACUUCCUCGCUGGAGCCAUGGAGAACUGGGGACUAAUCACAUUCCGUGAGACGACUUUGCUAGUAGGGAGUAAUUCCUCCUCUAUAGACAAGCAACUGGUGACCUCGGUCAUUGCUCAUGAACUUGCCCACCAGUGGUUUGGAAAUCUUGUCACUAUGAGAUGGUGGAAUGAUCUUUGGCUGAAUGAAGGAUUUGCAACCUACAUGCAGUACAUGUCGAUUGAAACUGUGUUCCCAGAACUUGAUAUGGUAAUUGACUUUGAGUAAUGUGUAUUUAAUUUUCAUGUUUGUGUGUUCUUAAAUGUUCGCUUUAAAGCGCUGACCAAAGAUGCAUUGAACUCAUCCCACCCAGUGUCUACUGUAGUGAGCACCCCUGAGCAGGUGGAAGAGAUGUUUGACUCUGUGUCUUAUGAGAAGGGGGCUUCAAUACUGCUGAUGCUCAAUGCAACACUCACAGAUGGGGAGUUUCGAAAAGGAGUGAUUGAGUACUUACAAAAGUAUAACCUAUCAAACACAGAAAGUGAAUACUUAUGGGACAGUCUUUCCCAGGUGAGCAAACAAAACUUAAGUGUAUCUAAGAUGAUGAACACCUGGACUGUUCAUAAGGGCUUUCCUCUGGUCACAGUGGAGAGAAAAGGCACUCAAGUGACACUGACACAAGAACAUUUCCUUCUGAAUGCUGAAAACAGCACGGAUGACAGCAGCCUGUGGCAUAUUCCCCUGACGUAUGUAAAUGACAGCUGUAGUGUUCCCAGCUCCUGCAAGCAAGUGUUCCAUCUCAAGGACAAAACAGCCACGUUAAAUCUUCCAGAUCAGGUGAAGUGGUUGAAGUUCAACUUCAGGAGUGAUGGUUUCUACAUAGUGCAUUAUGAUGAGGAGGGAUGGAAGAACUUGAUUGAUGCUUUAAAGGGGGAUGUGACUGUCCUCUCCUGUAAAGACCGAGCAGCUCUCAUCAAUAACAUCUUUGCUCUCUCAAGAUCGGGCAAGGUGUCUUUCAGAGAUGUCUUAAAUCUAAUGGAGUACAUCAGAAAUGAGACACAAACGGCUCCCCUGACUGAAGCUCUCUUCCAGCUUGGUCAGAUCUUCAGGUUGCUGGACAAACGAUCAGAGUUUAACUUGGCCUCUAGAAUGACGAGUUACAUUGAUGACCAUUUCGGAAGUUUAAUGGAGAGUCAGUCAUGGGAUCUGGAAUCUUCUGUGUCAGAGAUGACGCUUCGGUCUGCCCUGCUGGAGAUGGCAUGUUCCCUUAACAUACGUAACUGCUCAACACAGGCCAAGCAUCUGUUUGAUCAGUGGUUUAUUUCCAACAAGACUUUUCAGAUUCCCAGCGAUCUCAUGAGAACAGUCUUCAAAGUUGCUGCUCAGACAGAUGAAGGAUGGGGUAAGCUUCUAGACAUAUAUAAACACUCCAUCAAUGACCAAGAGAAACGCAAGACACUGGAAGCUUUGGCCAGCACUCAGGAUAUACGGAAAAUCAUUUGGAUUCUACAGAGAAGUCUUGAUGGAAGUGUGAUUCAAACUCAAGAAUUUCCUUUGGUGAUCAACGCAAUUUGCAAGAACUUUGCUGGCUACCUCUACGCUUGGGAUUUUGUGAAGGAAAACUGGGAUAAAAUCACUCAGAAGUUUCCUGUUGGAUCCUUUGCCAUUCAGAGCAUCAUCAUGUCCGCAACCAGUCAGUUUUCCACAAAAACCCGUCUCACGGAGACCCAGAACUUCUUCACUUCUCUGGGGACGAAUGGUUCUCAGAUGAGGAUCGUGCAGGAGGCCAUUGAGACCAUUAAGCUCAACAUGCGAUGGAUGGAAAAGAACUUAAACGCCCUCCAGAAAUGGUUGUAGUGUGAGGAGGAGACGGCUCCUCUUUCGUGCCUCUCACUUCCUCAGGUGACGUCACCGGGAACAUGCAGGUGUGAGUGAUAUUACCAUCACAACAGCCAGAGCCAUAAAUGUACAACGUUAGGGCAAACUCUAGACAGAAGGGCAGAUUAACUUGGGCGUAAAGGGCCGUUUAAAAACAUUUAUUUUCAGGGCAUCUAAUAGGGAUUUUUUCUGAGUAGCCAGAAGCUUGCCAGAUAUUUGCCUGAAAAUAUUUAGCCUUUAAUGCAUUAUCUUUCCUCCAAGUUCUGAACGAAAUGAAACCGUACAGUCAGUAUAUGAUUUCCUGUGUCAUAACUCAAGUGUUAGAUGUUGCUUCGGGAAGGCUGAUGCGUUGUCUUUUUGGGGUUCACUUGGGGCCCAACUCAGUAUGUAUAUGGCUCUGGCCUUGAGCACUAUUUGCACUAUUCUAAGAUUCAGCUUGCUCAGGGCAAAUCUGGUUGUUGCUGAAAUAUCAUGAUGCAUUUAAACCCUUUUAAUUAACGUCAGCGUCUACAGACCAAAACCUCCCAUCUGUAUCUCUUAAAUAUCCCCUUAUCACGAAUUGCCAAAAAAGAAAAUUAUGAAAACUGAAAUGAUGCUACAUGGGUGUCAUCACAAUCCCCCUUUCUUCUAGAUAUAAACGUUUUAUUUAUGUGUGUGGAGGUGAAAUUUUAAUCAUUUGCACAGUCUGCAAUGCUUGAAUCCAGCACUGUGUAAAUGUUCUUGCCUUAGAGGUUUUUCAACUUUUGUCUUUUGCACAAAAUGUAUUUUUUUUUUUUUUUUUUUUUUUUUUUUUGGAGUUUCAUUUAGAAAUGAGUAUGUAUAUUAUAUCAUUCUUGUGCAGGCUUGCAUAUAGGUAAAAGUUUGACAUUGGAAAUAUUAUGUUAGAAUUUCUUAAACAUUUAGGUGUGGAUUUUAUUUUGGGUUUUGCUAUGCACAUUCUGAUAAAGCUGAAAUAUUUUACAGUUCUGUUAUUAAAACUCUGUGGUUUUACCCAUAUAAGCUGAGAUGUAGAAAUUAGGGCUGGGCGAUAUAUUGCAUGCGAUUGUCACGUGCAUUCCGUCAGUAAAGCUGGUUCCCUGCUUACCGCUAAAUCGCCAUCGCCUGCUUUCAGAUGGAGUGGCAUUUAAUAGACAGAGCCGUAGUUCACUGACAAGCUACACAAUAUUGCGUUCAUUAUCGAAAGCGAUUCAUCUGCAUUAAUGAACGUGAUAUUAUGUAGCUUGUCAGUGAUCUACGGCUCUAUCUAUUAAAUGCCGCUCCAUUUGAAAGCAGGUGAUGGCGAUUUAGCUGUAAUCACGGAACCAGAUUUACUGACUAGAUGCGCAUGAUCAUAUCAUUGGAUAUACCGCCCAGCCCUAGUAGAAAUAUAUUUGUUUGCAAGUCUGCAUGUACAGGGAUUUAGUUAAUGGUAAAGCGCUUUUGUCAAUUUGCCACAAGGCAAAAAACGGGCUGUAAAGUCACAUCACUGAUUGAGAGUUGUUACAUUUUUCACUGGUUGCUACUGAUUUGUACUCUUCAAGGAUUGUAGGUUUUUGAGCGUGUGAUGUCUUCACAGAUUUUCCUCACAGAUUUUCAUGCUAUUCAGGAAUUAUUUUUGAAUAUUUUUAAUGCUUUUAGUUGGUCAAAAAAUAUGGAGUCACAACCUCGCACAAAUAUAUGUCAAAAUGCACAUUUAUCCAACUUUUUUUAAACUCAUAAUACAGUGUGAAUAUCUGUGCAUUUUUAUGCAUGUAUUUUUUUGUAUUAUUUUACUCCAUACAUAAAUGUUUAGUUUAGUUCAUGGAGUGUGAGAAUCUGUGCUCACUGUCUAUAGCUCAAACGUUAAUACACUUUCAGGUUUUUGAUUAUAGCUCAGUGAUUUGACCUCAUAAAAUGUCAAAUAUGACUGGUACAUUGUAAUACAGCUGGUACAUUGUAAUAAUUUUGUAUGUAGCAGUUGAAGUUUUGCUUAAUCAGAAGCGUUAUUCAUGUAUUUGUGAUAGACAUGAAUAAGGACAACGGCAGCAUUGUUACACUGUAAUGGACAUUUCUAAUGUCAGGUUGGAGUGUUACAGUUAUCGAUGAAUGUAUUCAUGUUUGUUACUAUAGAUCUGUUUAGACACAACCGUUAUGAUUGUAAUUCCCUUGUAUCUGAAUUCAUCUGGAUCUGGUUAAUUAAACACAAUGAGGUGUCAAAAAUGC